AUGAGGGAGAAAGAAAAAAAGGAGGUGAUCGGUGAAAUGAAAGAAAAACCCAUGAAAGUUUUAUUAAUAGCAGACUCAUUUGAGUCUCGAUUCUUGCCUGUCACUUAUAAUUCAUCUAUGGUGAGUAAUGCGUUUUAG